CUUUGUGCCUUUGCAGCAAUCAGCACGCUUUGGCCUUUUGUUUUCUCACCUCUGAUCCUUUGCUCUCCUCCCUUUCCCCACCGCUGAGCGCACAACGUUGGCAGCAGGAUUGUCAUCUACUUCAGAGUGCAUUUCGGCCUGCCCAGACUUCAACAUACACGGGCUUUAAAUAGCCACUGGAGCGCCAGCCUAAUUCUCCUCCAGAUAGAGCUCUCUCCGUCCCACAAGCUCUCGCACCGAACGAGCGAACGACUUGCGCCUGUUUGUUCUGAUUUCGAAAUCCCAAUUAGUGCACCUUUUCGGUUCCCACUGAAUCGGGACACCUAAUUGACGUCCUCGCCUGUCAUGUCUGAUGAGUCCACAAUCCUUCGUCCGCGUCCGAGGCGCGUCUUCGACCUCACCCCCGAAGAGCCCUCCUCCCCUGCCGAACCUGCCAAUUCGGACCUUUUGAGUCCCCGCGAAGGCGGUUCGGCGAAUGUUAGCCGCAAUGUAUCGAUCAUGAACUUGACAUCGCCAACCCUUGUCGGCAUUUAUUCUCCGACCGCAUUCGAGAGCACUCGCGAUGACUCCUCACCGUGGGGCACGGAAGCCCAUACCCCCGAAGCACUGAAUGCUGGCAUUCGGCCAGUCAUUCAAGGUCCAGCUCCGGGAAAGCUGCAGCGGUCGCGGUCGCGCCUUAGCCAGGGACUCUUCCGCGGGGUGAUCCUACCCCAGGCGCUGAAGAGCGCCUUCCUGCUUGGUUUCGGAGUGGUGUACGGAAUCAUCAUAAUUCACCUACACGAGAAUCAUUGGAUCACCCCGGUGAAGCUGGAGAACAUUCAUUACUACGGGUCAUGGCAGUAUCUGGCAUUCUGGGGCGUUGCUGGGGUCUUGCUGGGCAACGUACUCCCUUGGUUUGACCAAUUCUUUGAUGACUUAUUCAAGCACGGCACAAAAACUACAUCUUCGGCGAGUGAUGAGGAAGCUGUGGAACGCACACUAUCGUGGGUUGCGGCAGUCCGCAGCGUUGGAGCUUUUGUUGGUAUCGCGUUUGCUAUGCGCCGACUUCCCUGGGAAUCGACUACCCAAGCUUCGGUGACCCUCGCACUUGUGAACCCUGUCUUGUGGUAUCUUAUCGAUCGCACUCGAACAGGAUUCUUUCUGUCGACUGUUGUUGGGUUGGCUGGAAUGGGCGUUGUCUUGGGCGUGAACCCCGAUCUGGUGCCAUCUUCUCUGGAGCCCUCCAGCCCCACCAAUUUGUUGGCCAACGUCACGGGGCGCGACUUCGGGUUGGACAUCGGAAUGACACAGGAGAGCAUUGCUGUGCGGACCUGGCUUGCCAGCGUUUUGUUCUGCGCCUGCGUUUGCUUCGGCAACAUAGGCCGACAAUUGGCGAUUGGUAACCGAGAGUCGCUCAAAAAGUGAGCGAUCUGCGCAGGAGACUUGGCUUUGCCUGCACGAUAUUGUCCGCACCGCUAGUAAUUCCUUUGUAUACACUUCUCUCUUUCUCGUUUUAUGGAUUUA